AUGAAGCUCGUGAGAUUUUUGAUGAAGUUGAGUCAUGAAACUGUAACCAUUGAAUUGAAGAAUGGAACACAAGUACAUGGAACAAUCACAGACAGCUUACCUCUGGAUACUUUACUUGUGGAUGUUGAACCAAAGGUGAAAUCUAAGAAAAGGGAAGCUGUUGCAGGAAGAGGCUGAGGUUGGGGUAGAGGAUGAGGACGUGGUCGUGGCAGAGGAAGAGGAGGUCCCAGACGAUAA